UAAAGAACACCUGUUUAUAAAUUCAUCAGUUGAUAAUCAAUGCAAUUUGGUUUCUGAGUUUGUGCACAUAAAAUGAACACGCUGCGUCCUUGCGGCUGCAAAGGUGUUCGGACCUGUCUCACUUGUGAGCAGAACUUCAAUAUCGAAAAACCUUCCGUCCAGCAGCAGUUUCAACAGCUUGAAUCCUGGUCCUAUUGCACAAAAUGCGAAGCCUUUUACCCCGGCUGGGAUACGCAGGCAGUGCAGGCAGCCCAUUCAGAUCACAAUUUGACAGACAGCUUGGCACUGCCUGGCAUAUACGUGCAGGAGCAGUUUCUGUCAGCUGCCGAAGGAAAGCAGCUCAUAGUGGAUCUGGAUAACCUGCCUUGGGAUAUUUCCCAAAGUGGGCGACGAAAACAGAACUAUGGUCCGAAAACCAACUUUAAGAAACGUCGCCUGCAACUGGGCUCCUUUCAGGGAUUCCCUGCUGCCACUCGCUAUGUACAAAUGCGUUUCGAGUCAGUUCCAUUGCUGCGCGACUUUCAGACCAUCGAGCAAUGCUCGCUGGAGUAUGAGCCCAGCAAGGGAGCCAGCAUAGAUCCUCACGUAGACGAUUGCUGGAUUUGGGGCGAGCGGGUGGUGACAGUCAAUUGUCUCGGAGAUGCAGUGCUCACCUUAAAUCUCUACGAUCAGAAGCUGGCUGGCAAAUAUAAUUUGGACUUGGUGCCGGACUACGAAAGUCAUCUGCUAGAGCCGCUUUUAACGCAGGAACAGCUGGCUGCCUAUAAGGGCAAGGUGCUACGCAUUCCCAUGAAUAACCUCUCCUUAAUCGUGCUUUAUGGACCUGCUCGAUAUCAAUUCGAGCACUCGGUCCUGCGAGAGGAUGUGACCGAGCGCAGGGUCUGCAUUGCCUAUCGAGAGUUCACGCCCAUGUAUAUCGAUGGCAUAGAUAAGGAUAAAGGUCAGUUGGUAAGAGAUAAUGUGAACUGGAUAAUUAAAAGUAAUUGAAGUUUAAA